AGUGAAUACAAUUCUGUCACUGGGCACAGCGGAGAAGGAUAGGUGCGAAAUUAAACAGAUAUCGUAUUCUGUAUACAUUGCUACUAAGGCCUGGUUGAUAUUCGGCUACAUCAUGUCUGUCUGUCAUGUAACCACCAACCGCUGUCUAGACCAAACUUCCACAGCGCAAACCGCUUCGGAACAGGGUCCUACAAAAUCCCUUUCUUCCGCAUGAACCAAAUGAUCCCUUGAAAAAACAAACUUUUGUUGCGGCUCCCAGCGGAUUGGCUUUUGAAGCCAACUUAAUGUGAUACUAGUUGUCAUCUUGAUCGAAAUCAAGGACCAAGUGGGAUUUUUUUAAGAUUUGUAUUCAUAAAGCUAGUUGCAAACCCAAUGUUGAACUCUUCUUUAAUGAGAAACAACAAAUGAAAAACAUAUAAAUUCCUGCUUUCUCUUGCGAUUUCUUCCACGUUGAGACGGAUCCGUUUGGCGUUUGAUCCAUGGCUUGGCAGGAGUCAUGUGAUCCGGCCCUGACAUCAGUUGAUCGCCAGGCAUCAUCGGUUCAGAUGAAGGAUAAUAGGUAAUGAUAUCUUCUUCCGAUGCAGUAACAGGUUGGACAGGACAGCAUGUGCCAAAUCCAAAUUUUUUGCAAUAUAUCCAUCCAUCCAAAGCUAUAACCUACGUUAGUAGAUUCCUUCAGCCAUCCCUACCUACCUUUCCCCUUUCCAUCCCUCAAUACCCCACCACCUCUCCAAACACCAAUAGCAGCGGCCACAUAAACACCAAACAACCAGCCAUGAACCGGCUAUUUGGUACCAAGACCUCUGCUCCGAGACCGACACUCGAUUCCGCAAUCUCAAAUGUCGACAACCGCGUCGCAAGCAUAGACGUCAAACUCGCCGCCCUAAAUGCAGAAUUAUCCUCCUACCAAUCGCGAAUGGCCAAAAUGCGUGACGGGCCUGGGAAGAAUGCUAUGCGUCAAAAAGCGCUGAAGGUCCUACAACGGCGCAAGCAAUACGAAGCCCAGCGCGACCAACUCUCUCAACAGUCAUGGAAUAUGGAACAAGCAGGUAUGAUGCAGGAUAAUCUGAAAAACGUUAUGACGACUGUGGACGCGAUGAAGACCACGACCAAGACACUCAAGCAGCAAUAUGGCAAGGUGGACAUCGACCAGAUCGAGCGGAUGCAGGAUGAGAUGCAGGAUUUGAUGGAGAUUGGGAAUGAGAUUCAGGAGAGCAUCAGCCGCGCAUAUGACGUGCCGGAGGACGUGGAUGAGGCUGAGCUUGAUGCGGAGUUGGAGGCGCUUGGGGAGGAGUCGAUGUUUGAAAAUGUCCUGGGUGAGGAUGCGAUGCCGGCGUUUCUGCAGGAUGAGGUUGGGCCGCCACAGUUUGUGGAUGAACCGCCUGAGGAAGGGAAGGUUAAAGAGGCUGCUGGAUGAGAUGGCUAUGUCUGGUCUGUUUCACCUUUCUGGAAAGAGACUUCAGUACCCUCUUCCCCGUCCAUGACCUGGAUUUAAAUUGUGCUUUGUGUUAUUCCGAGCCUUGCUUCAACGGUUUUUUUUUUUUUUUAUUUUCCUUUUUUUGAUAGCAUUAUGCUUCUUUGGCGUUCAGAUUACUUACCUCUCUUUUGACGCGUUUCAAAAUUAUGCGGGAUGUGGUUUAAGUGGGAAACCAUCUUUAAGUCAGGAACUCACACAUACCUUCAUACCACUAUUGUAGUGGAAUUCAGUGGAAUACCUGGUUCUCAUUUCGUUAAGUGGCACCCCUAGAUAUAAAUAAUACGUAUCCAACCUUGUUCCAGCUAUAUGAGGGUUUUAUUAAUGCAAUAGACAUGGCUCAUUUCACUCCCGCUCCCUAGAGCCCACGCUGGGUACCUAGGUAGUUCAAUUGUCAAUCUUCAAGCUUCUACGCCGCCAUCUAGAGACAUCUGGAUGAUCUGUAAGUUCUGGUAUUCCAAGGCACUCUCUUUCAUAAGAUUAGGAGGACCAGUUUAAGACACAUAUUCGAUAUAUAAAAGCGUUCUGACACAUGAGCAACAAGUCCAAUUAACCACCACCCC